AUGGAUAAGUAUAUUCGUCAUGAUCGUUUCGAAGACACAGCUAUGAACGAUCCAGAUCCAGAUUCCUUGGAAAUAUCACAAGCACAACCCCUAAAAGAAACAUCGUAUCUGUUUAAUUCAUCUUUGUACAAUAUUUUGAAAUUCGACAAACAAACAAAUAGUUUGGUCAUGAAAUGCACAACAUGUUUUAAAUGCAUCAAAGGGAAUAGUCAUUCAACUGGCAAUUUUAUUUCUUAUAUUAAAAAAGUUCAUUCAGUUAAAAUUAAAGUGUGGAAUGAAGAAAAAUUGAAAUUUCAAAAUUCAAAAGUAGAUAAUCAGUCUGGUUUAAACUCUACGAAGCAAUUGUCAUUAGUUGAUAGUUUCAACAGACAAGGAACCAAAACUAGUGAAAAGUUAAGCCAAAAAGAGGUGACUUAUUUAAUAUUAAAUUACAUUGUAGAAGAAAUGCUCCCAGUAUCUACUAUCGAUAAAGAAUCUUUUAGGACCAUGAUAGAGCGUUUUUUAUCAGUAAGAAAUAAUCCGUACACUAUUUUUUGGAGAAAAUCUUUAAUGCAACUAUUAACUAACGAAUAUAAUACUGUAAAAUGUAAUUUAAUGAAAACUUUAAAUAAUCAAAAAUAUGUAUGCACCACUGCAGACAUUUGGUCAUCCAACAAUAAAAGUUACAUGGGAAUGACGGUACAUUUCAUUGAUAAAAUUAAAAUAGAAAGAUGUAGUUUUAUGCUAGCAUGUAAACGAAUUAAAUAUUCUCACAAUUUUGAAAAUAUUGGAAAAUUAAUAUAUGAAAUUCAUACUGAAAAUAAUUUAAAUGUUGAGAUAAUUACUCAUACUAUUACAGAUAAUGCAUCUAAUUUUUCUAAAGCAUUUAAAGUUUUUAAUGAUACAAAUACAAAUACAAUUGUGCCGAAAAAAGAACCAAAUAUUUUACUUGCAGUUGGGGAUACAGAAAUUUUAAUGAAUGAAUGUGAUGAUGAUGAAGAGGAAAUUGAGAGCUCAAAUGAAGAAAAUUUAAUUAUAAAUAAUGUUGAAGUACAGGAGUUACAUAUUGACAUGUAUAAUGAAUUUGAUGAUAUAACAUUACCAAAUCAAAUUCGUUGUUUAUCUCAUACUCUUAAUUUACUAGUAGUAAGUGAUAGUAACAAAGCUAAAAGUAACAACUCAUAUAAAGAUUUAUAUGAUGAUGCAUUUGAUAAAGCUCAUACAUUUUGGAAUUUACUUCGUCGCAGUACAAAAGCUUUAGAUGUAGUAAAAGAUAUUGUUCAGUGUAAAUUUCCAAUUCCAGUAAUUACUCGAUGGAAUUCAUUUUAUAACUCUGUUAAUAAAUUAUUACAGUAUAAAAGUUGUCUAAAUAAUAUUUUUCAAAAACUUAAUAUACCUAGGUUAAAAACUAAAGAAAUAGAAAUUUUUGAAGAAUAUGUAAGAAUUAUGGAACCGAUUGCAAUUAGUUUAGACAUUUUUCAAGGGGAAAAGAAUUGCUUUUUAGGAGUUGUACUACCCACAUUAUUUAUAAUGUCAGAUAAGAUAGAAAAAAUUUCCCAUUUGAAACAUUGUCAACAUUUAAAGGACACAAUUUUAAACAACUUUAAAAUCCGUUUUAGCUAUAUCAUUGAUUUAGAAAAAGAAUCAUCUAAAACAUUUAUAAUUUCUGCUAUUUCUCAUCCAAAGUUCAAAUUGUCCUGGAUACCGAAUGAGUACAUUGAUGUUUGUAGACGCUUAUUUUUAGAAGAAUGUAAAUACCAUGGUCUACAGAAUGAGAAUGAUGAAUGUCUAAGUGACACUUCAAAUUCAUCCCGCACUUCUAAUAAUGAUUUUUUUUCUAAUUAUUUUGAACAAAAUUCUUCAUCUGUUGAUGAAAAUGAAAAAAAUAUAGGUCUAGUGCAAGGCUUAUUAUAUUUAGAUUCAAAAAAUAGAUAUUUGAACUGUCUACAUAAGUACAACACAUUGCUAACUUGGGAGUCAGGUACUGGUGCUAAUAAAAUUGUGAUAAACUUGAAACGUCCAAGGUUGACUAGUGAAGCAAUACCCUCCAUAUUCCCAGGACCUAAAUACCUGUCAAAGCUUACAAAGAAUAGAAAACCCCCUACAAAAAGAGUGCUGUACAGUUCAAUAAAUCAGGCCAAUGAAGUUAAUAACGAAAACAGUUGUAUUCAAUCACAUUUGGUCCCCACUGAGACUGCCAUUUCCUCUCUACAGCCAGAAUAUCAACCAGAAUAUCAACCAGGUGUAAUAUUUUCACAAAUAUUUAAAAAUCCAGCUGUAGUUUUAUGUCCAAGUGGUUGGCAGUAUAAAAUAAUUAAUGGAAAAAACCCAUUUAUAACUUAUUAUUUUGCAAUAUCAUGCAUUGAUAUUGAUGGGACAUUUGGAUUGUUACUUGAAAAACAGAUUAGCUUUGGUAAAGAUAUGGUGAUGAUGUGUAAACUAUAUAACAAAAUGUUUGAUUUAGAAAAAAUUGGUAUAGAAAUUCCUUGUUUACCAUCAGUUCAAAAUAUUACUAUUAUUUUACAACAGCUUAAUAAUAUUCAUGUGUGUAUUGGGGGACCAUUAGAACACCAAUAUCCAGGUAUUCAUAACAGUAUGGCACACGUAGGCCUGAAUGGACGUUGGCGACAUAAACAGUGUCCAUAUAUAUUAGAUUAUAAAAUACGACAAAAACAAAGCUGUUUGCAUUGCUUUAAUAUAAGUGGUGCUCUGCGUAUGAAAAGAAAACGGAUGUCAGAAGGUAAAAAAAGUAUUUUGCUUUUAUCACCGUCUAAGAAGGAGCAACUUAACACUGUUAGACAGGAUAAGCAUAGAAUUCAAAAAAAGGUAUUAAGGGCCAAAUUUAGAGUGAAAAUAUUAGAGAGUGAACUAAGUGCUGCAAAAGAUGAAUUAAGUAAAAUACCAUGCAAUUUAAUAGAAGAUAUAAUUCAUGAACAUCAGUUGAAUGAUUCUCAAUCAAUAAUGUUAAGAGAAGUUAUAGCUGCAAUAACUGAGGUCAAAGAAAUUUUCCAAGGCAGCGAAAUUAGUGAUAGAGAAAAGAAGCUGAUAAAUUUACGAUCAAAAGUUGACAUGCUUGUUGAAGAAGGCCAGUGGGAAGCAGACGAUAUUUUUGAAGAAUACAACUAUAACAGUUCUGAAGCAAUAGACUGCAUUGUCUAUUAUGCUUGUGGGUACAUAUCUAACAAAAUAUCAAAAACUACUGCUUGCUUUAGCUGCCUUAAUGCUUUGAAAUCUACAAAAACAUAUGUUGACAUACCUGAAGCUGAACUCGUCAAUUUAAAAACUAAAGGGGGCUUAACCCAUCCAAAUAUCUAUUUAUUUUAUUUAAUUAACAAAGUAGAAGCAUCAUUUUCCAAACACUGCAACAAAAGAAAUGUUUUUGAUUUAGUUAUUGAUGACAUUUUUGAUAAACACAAAUUCACUUUUCCAUGUACAAUUCACAAAAUCAAUAUUACUACUUCAAUAACUAAUAAUUAUUUAAUAAUGCGUAUGCGCCACUUCGCCGUUCAAAUGAAUAGAAGAGAAAAAGUUGCACAAAAAAAAAAAAAGUUGGCUAAAUUAUUAGAUGUGUAA